AUGACAACUACUUCUUCUUCUGCUAGAAAAACGAGUAUUUUAUCCAGGAGCUCCACCGCCAGUACUUUCGUGCAACAAACGGAGCAACAGAUGAAACAGGAAUUCGCGACCUCGUCUUCAGCUCCUGCUACUACUACAGCAUCUACUGCGUCUACUGCUUCACGUUCCUGGAUUCGUUCCCAGCAUGACUUGGUCGCCUAUUUUUGUCAGGAGAUGUGCGAAGCGACAUGGAGCCAUGGGUUUGACCAGUUUAGCAAAGCUGAAAGGAAGCUCGGUCAUAAUCGCUUCUAUUGUUGGUGGGUUGCAGUGGAGCAACAAGAAGGGUCUUCUUCCUAUUCUUGUACUUUGAUUCCUCGCUUGGCGCACCGACGUCCCAUGGGUCCGGAACAUAAACACUUCAUCAACAAAGUUCUGAGACCUGGCAGCCAGUACGGUCAGAUGGUGGACCACAUCUACGGACAUGAAGUUCCGGACACGUAUGCGCCAUUAGUCCUAGUGCCGCAGAGUGUUCCUUUGAUCGCGGGAUCUGACGCGGCAGUACCUGUGCAACAGAAAGAGCAUCAACUGAAGCAUUCGCCGAAAAAAGGUUGCUCCUGUGGUUGUAGUGGAGAAAUAGCCUCUGGUGGAGAUGGUUCGGGGGAGGAAGAACUGUCGUCGAGAAGUCUUGCCCCAGGAGCUGGAAGUAAAGCUAAAGCAAAAGCUUCUCCUGCAACGUCGAGUCCUGCAACGGGCCCACCAGCUACGGGGUCUUUUAUGGAAAUGGAGGUUGAGUCAUCUUCUGGCGGUUGCUGUGCCUGUGACGGUUCCCACAACACGAACAUCGUUGCACCUCCCACACCUCCCGCACCAGGAGCUAGUAUGACAACUUCGGCAGUCGGGCCUCCUGCUGCCGCUCUUUCCGCACCCGCGCGUCCCCCUGCCGUGGGCAGCAGCAAACCGCUUGCUUCUGUCUUCUACGUGAAUCGGCACACGAUGGGCGCGUGGCGUAGCUUAGAGCAUCAUGCACACAGACGCAGCACCAAUGAAAAAGGAUGGAUCAAGCGUUCCGCUGAAUAUUUCCCGCGUUCAGAUUUUCGUUCGGAAAACGACGUAUCCUGGUUCCCAGCGGCCUAUUCCAACUACCCUGGUCCGUGGUACCCAGAGUGGUUCGCGAUCGUCCUUGCAGUGUUGGCAGGGUUCUCAGGAAUAUUGAUCUUCUUCACGUUUUUGAGACUCAAGUCUUGA